AGCUGCCAGCCGUCGGGGGUCCUUCCUACUCGUUAGCCUCUUGCUAGCUAGCCAACACGUACGCAGUCGCUCGGUGGAGCAGAACAUGACGUUUGUGGCUGAUUUAUGCAGAGAAUGAUCCUAAAAGAUGUCAGGUAUGAGCUGACCUCAGCGACUUUCGGCGUCUUCUUCCACUUCCUGGCGAGCGCGAGCCUCCGCUGAGACGUCCCCUCUGGCGCCACCAUGUAUUGCCUGCAGUGGCUGCUGCCCGUGCUGCUCAUCCCCAAGCCGCUGAACCCGGCGCUGUGGUUCAACCACUCCAUGUUCAUGGGCUUCUACCUGCUCAGCUUCCUGCUGGAGAGGAAGCCCUGCACCAUCUGUGCCUUGGUCUUCCUCGCCGCCCUCUUUCUCAUUUGCUACAGCUGCUGGGGCAACUGCUUCCUGUACCACUGCCAGGACGCCGCCCUGCCGCACGCCGCCCACGACCCGGCCAUCGUUGGCACCUAGAGGGGACGGGAUGGCGACCGCCGCCAUGCUGGAUGGACUACAUGUUGGCGGCGGAGCGUCGACACACGUUUUUGGAGUGGGUGGGGUGCGGGCCAUGCUGUAAAGACACUUGAACUUGGUGGGGGCAAGCGAACGGUGGACGUAUUCGUGAAGCACAUUGUGAUCACCGUCGUCUCCCAAUUCUUCUCACAGGACAAUCCUCUUUCGCUCGUCAUCUCAAGCUUUUUAAUCAACUUUCCACCAAAAGAAGACACAAACUUGUUUCUUUUUAGUCUUGUGUUGAGCUGUCUGUGUGUGCAUUACAGCUUUUAAUUUAAAUAAAGUUUCUUUCCCUCGCCCA